AUGAGGAAUUCGAAUUUGUACGGGGAUUAUAAUCAGAAGAUUGAUUACGUGUUCAAGGUGGUGUUGAUCGGUGAUUCCGCAGUUGGCAAAACUCAACUUCUCGCACGAUUUGCUAGAAACGAAUUUAGCGUCGAUUCUAAGGCAACCAUUGGGGUUGAGUUUCAGACUAAAACUCUCAUCAUUGAUAACAAGACCGUCAAGGCUCAGAUAUGGGACACCGCUGGCCAAGAAAGGUACAGAGCAGUUACUAGUGCAUACUAUAGAGGUGCUGUUGGGGCAAUGUUAGUUUAUGACAUGACUAAGCGUCAAUCGUUUGACCACAUGGUAAGGUGGUUAGAGGAGUUGAGAGGUCAUGCUGACAAAAACAUUGUGGUGAUGCUAAUUGGCAACAAGUGUGAUUUGGGAAGCCUUAGAGCAGUGCCAACGGAAGAUGCAGAGGAAUUUGCACAAAGAGAGAACCUAUUCUUUAUGGAGACAUCAGCACUUGAGUCCACUAAUGUUGAAACGUGCUUUUUGACUAUUCUAACUCAGAUAUAUCGGAUUCAUGCGAAGAAAUCACUCACUGCCAAUGAUGAUGCAGAUCCCAAUGGGAAUGCAGGGCUUCUUAUGGGAAGCAGAAUAAUUGUUACCCAGGAGAUGGAUGCCGGUGGAAAGAAGGGUGGUUGCUGUUUUGCCUCCUAG